UGUAACUUUUCUCUUUUUCAGCUUGACCAACAACUACCUCUUCGAAGUUCAUGGACAUUUUUGCAAAGGUGCUAAGCCGCAUCAGCGUAAGAAGCCGUACCGGUGCGCAAUAAUGCAAACAUUUCAAGCUUGUAAGCAAUCGAAAUAAAAAAAAUCGUUCCAAUAUUAGCUUCAAAACCUGUCCUCCGAAGGAGAUUCGAUUUCCAAAUCAAAACAAACUCAGAGACUCGAUUGCUCUCGAGCAAACAAGCGACGUACCCGUCAAACUAGGAAGCUGCCCGUCACACGAUGCCCGCCUAUGCCGGAUUCGACAGCUUUGCGUCCUCGCGCAGGACCGCCGAAUCGAUUUACUACACGGCGAAGGAAUUCGACUCGGCGGACGAAUCGGACUGCCUGCGGCCACACCCGAUGCCGAUAUCGCGUCGGCCGAGCCUGAUGGAAUCGCUGGGACCGGCCGAUGCCAUCUUCAGCCGGCGGUACGUCGAUCCGUGGGACAUGGAAAAUUAUAUCUACGUGAGAAAGCAAGUGCUGGACCCCACCUCGGAGUCCGAGGUGCCUCCAUCGCCGGCCGGUGAGCCCAUCCAGUCCAAGUUCUACUACGUCCCGGGGGAUGUAGAAAGUUGCCGCGAGUGCAGCGCAGAAAUUGUGAGCCCCGCUGCCAAGGGGGAUCUCCUGGGUGACGAGGACGAUCUCGAGGACGACGGAAUCGAUGACGACGACCUGGAAGUGGACGAACUGGACGUAGUCGAUGACGAUGGGUUCUACACCGAACGGUACGACACGGUCAUGGAGGAGGACAGCAUCGGGGGAGACGAUGAACAUGUCUACAGCACGUAUACGGCAAUCUAUAACAAAUGA